AUCUAAUCCAAAAAUGUUAGGCAGCAUCAGCAGCAGCAAACCUCCUCAGUCUCUGUUCUCUCUCUGACACUGCCAACCCUUCUCUCUCUGAACCAAUGCAUAAAACCGAGCACCACCUCAACCUUUCCCACUAAAACUUCCCAACUCAAACAAACCCCCUCGACCCGACCCACCAAAAAUGCGGGCCUCUCUUGCCCCGAUCUUGGCCCUCCUCGCCCUCCUAACCUCCCCCUCUCUCCUCCCUUCCGCCGCCGCCACCACCACCGCCGCCGCCGCCACUUUUCUGGCUCUCCACAGAGCCUUCCCGCCGACCCACCACCGCGUCCAACUCGACCGCCUCCGCGCGCGUGACCGAGCCCGCCACAGCCGCCUCCUCCAAAACGUCGUCGUCGGCGGCGUCGUCGACUUCUCAGUCGCCGGCUCCUCCGAUCCCUACCUCGUCGGGCUUUAUUUUACAAAAGUAAAAUUGGGCUCUCCACCAAAAGAGUACAAUGUGCAGAUCGAUACCGGAAGCGACAUCUUGUGGAUUACCUGCAAUUCCUGCAGUAAUUGCCCCCAGACUAGCGGACUUGGGAUUCAGCUCAAUUUAUAUGAUUCUGGCAGCUCCUCAACUGCGGGGCAGAUCUCCUGUUCAGAUCCAAUAUGCAGUUCUGCGGUUCAAACUUCAGCAACAGAGUGCUCUGAGAGUAACCAGUGCAGUUACACUUUCCAAUAUGGCGAUGGAAGUGGGACGUCUGGUGUCUAUGUAUCAGAUGCACUAUAUUUCGACAUGAUUCUGGAGCAGUCUUUUAUGGCCAACUCUUCAGCUGCCAUCGUUUUCGGGUGUAGUACCUAUCAGUCUGGGGAUUUGACCAAGACAGAUAAAGCGGUGGAUGGGAUAUUUGGGUUCGGCCAAGGGGCAUUGUCUGUUAUAUCCCAGUUGUCAUAUCGAGGGAUAACUCCCAAAGUAUUUUCCCAUUGUUUGAAGGGAGAUGGCAAUGGUGGGGGUAUACUUGUUCUUGGUGAGAUUUUGGAGCCAAGUAUUGUUUAUAGUCCCCUCGUUCCAUCACAGCCUCAUUAUAAUUUAAAUCUUCAGAGCAUUGCUGUCAAUGGGCAACUCUUACCAAUUGAUCCAAUAGCCUUCACCACAUCAAACAGCCGGGGAACUAUUGUUGACUCAGGCACAACUUUGACAUACCUUGUGGAGGAAGCUUAUGAUCCUUUUGUCAGUGCUAUAACAUCGGCUGUUUCACAAUCUGCAACUCCCCUUAUUUCAAAAGGAAACCAGUGUUAUCUAGUCUCCAACAGUUUGGCUGAGGUGUUUCCUCCCGUUAGUCUAAACUUCGCAGCUGGUGCAUCGAUGGUGUUGAAACCAGAAGAGUACCUUGUACAUACGGGUUUCAUUGAAGGUGCUGCUAUGUGGUGCAUUGGCUUUCAGAAGGUUCAGGGAGGGGUGACAAUUUUAGGAGAUCUUGUUCUAAAAGAUAAGAUAUUUGUGUAUGAUUUGGCUCGCCAACGCGUUGGAUGGGCCAACUAUGAUUGCUCAUUAUCCGUAAAUGUCUCAGUAACUACUAGCAAAGACGAAUUUAUCAAUGCAGGACAGCUGAGUAAGAGCAACGCAUCAAGAGACACGCUUUUCAAGCUGCUGACAACAGGGAUUAUGGUUGUCUUGCUGCACGUAUUGGUUGGUCAGUGCCAGGGUCAAGGUGUAUAUCAUUCUGAUGUGCUUCUGAUUUGUGUGAAUGGGUGGGCACCAUCUUUUCUUCUGACUUGAAGUUUUGCUUUGUUGCCAUUACACCCAUAUGUGGUUCUCCAUCUUCAUCAAAUUGUGGCCAGUAGAAGCAGAGCAAGUCAAUUGUAGCUAUUGCAGGAUUUAGGUAGGGAUAUAGAAUUUCUGUUAGGGAAUUGAUAUCAGUUUUGUCUACUAGUUUACUUCACGAUUCCAAAGUUCACUUUGUAAGGGAAUGUCAGAAUGUAUAGAGCCGAAAUGAACAGAUUGUUUGUAAUCAUACAAAUUAAGAUCAUAGCUGGCUGUCUCUGUUCAGGCAAUAGUUUGUCUUGAUUAUUUUUCGAGUAUUAUGAAGGAAAACUUGUUAUUUUUGGACCA